UGGAAUACUUAGCGAUUAUCACCGUUCUCAUGUUACCGUCUUUCAGAUGCCAGUAUAUGGUUGACAAUUUGAAGUUGGAAUGGAGUUUAGGCAGUCAAAAAUGUCAAAACAGCUGGACCUGUGCUGAUAACGCAAGUGACGUGACGAAUCUUUGCGCGUGCGAUGACGUAUGUAAAACAUACGAUGACUGCUGUUUGGAUGUUGACCAGGAUCUCGAUUUACAUCGCGACACCUUUGUAUCCUGUCAAUAUAUACCGGAAAUUAAAGAAAAGACUUAUGUAUACAUCGUACAAACUUGCCCAGAUAGGAAUGAUAAUGGCGAUUUGAAGACAUUGUGUGAAAAUGGAACAUUUAAUGAUGACAUCACGAUUAGGACUCCGGUGUCGAGUGUUAAAACUGGCUUACUAUACAAGAACAUGUACUGUGCUAUGUGUCACCACGAGGAUUACAUUACUUGGAGAUCGGGAAUUGAUUGUACAUGGAGGAUUGACUAUUAUGACAGGAACUAUUCUUUAGCUGCUUUACGAAAUGAUUCCAACUGUAGGAUCGUUUUCGAACCGCCACCAUCUCCGGUAGGUUUGGAACCAAGAGAAUGUCUCCCACUCAUCGACACUUGUGAGGAAACAUCUAACGAAAGGUGCCAGGCAGAAAGCAGAGCUCUGGUAUUUGGUAAUACUAUAUAUAAAAACAUUCACUGUGCGUUAUGUAAUGGUGAGGUUUUGGCCAACUUAUCGUGUGAUCCGUACAGUGUGAAUAUAUUACCGAAAAAUCCUAACAAACGGAAACCCAUCAACUAUAGUUAUAGGUUACUGGUGGACCUUAACGCCCUGACAAGCACUGGUGUGUCCUCGGCCAGGAGGGCUUCCGACAGGAAAGACCAGCGGGACUUAUCUGACCUCUGUACAGAUUCCUGGAUAUUCGACCCUUUGGCUGAAACCUGCCGCCAAAUAUUUUGUGUUGCACCAUUUGUAUAUAAAGACAGAAGAUGUAAACUGCCAUCGUGGGAAGAUACAAAUAACACCAAAACACGAGAUGAGGAACAACACAUGUCCUGUCCGUUUGUACGUCUCAACCAUAGUGAAUACAAAAUCGUUAACUUAGACCAAGUAUUUGUGUUAUCUUCUGGAUUUAUUUACAGUAAGAACGACUCCUACAUAGGAGAAGGAUUCGCCUUGGUAUGUGUCCAGGAACUCGGGAAUCAAUCACGUCUGCCGGAAAGCGAUAGUAUAACGUUACUUUUUACCAGUGUGGAGAGUGUUCUAUCUGUGGUGUGCCAGUGUUUAUCAAUAGUUGCCCUGAGCAUUGGACUGACGAUUUACGCAUGCUUUCCAAAAUUACAAAAUAUCCCCGGUAAGAACUUGAUUUGUCUGAUGGCCAGCCUUCUUCUGGCACAGGUGCUAUUCAUCUUGGCGCCGCUUUUCAUUGAUAUUACCCAUCUGUGUACCCUGGUGGCAAUAGUGAUGCACUAUGCGUAUCUGGCUGCAUUUUUCUGGAUGAAUGUAAUGGCAAUUGAUAUAUUUUUAACGUUUUCAAAAGGAUUUGCUCAGUCGAGAACUGACAGUUUGCAACAUUUCGUUUGGUAUUCAUUGUACAGCUGGUUAGCGCCUGCUGCUAUUGUCUGCGUGGCAAUCAUUUUCGAUUUUACAGCAAUAGAAUCGGAUUCGAAGCCUAAAUAUGGAGCGGUCGUCUGCUGGAUUUCGAACAGCUUCGCAUUAUUGUACUUUUUCUUGGUUCCUUUAUUUGCCCUGGUCUUCACGAAUAUAGUACUGUUUCAGUUUACGGCUAGAGCCAUAUACGUAUCGGACAAAGAGACAUCACGCAUCCUAAAAAAACGACAAACAUGCAAGUUGUUGAUAUAUCUGAAGCUGUCUAGUGUCAUGGGUUUUACCUGGGGCUUCGCCUGUGUCGCCAUUUUCUUAGAUUUGCCGCCAUUUUGGUAUCUAUUCAUUAUUUUCAAUGCCUUACAGGGUGUGCUCGUUUUUCUGUCAUUCGUAUGCUCCACAAAGGUUCUCCGUCUCCUGAAAUCAACACGGUUUUGUAGUUGUCUCAAAGUUUGUCCUACCUUACACGACAUACGUACAAACAGUUCAAAUGACAGACCGUCCAAGUCGAACAGGACCGUGAUGUCAAGCAUCACCAUUAAAUCUAGUGGGAACAGCGAGUCGGCCUGUUAGUUUUCAUAUUAACGGAUUACCACUCGUAAUUUGUCUACUCUAUGUGCGGUUCCGCUUCGAAUAUAAUAAUAUCUCGAUAUUUUAUUACGUUUCCUGAAGAUCUAUUUUUGUAAUAACUGAUAUUUAAUCAGCCAACCCAAUUUGUUCAUGCAUCAAGACUAUAAAGUUCGAUUAGAUGAGAAUAAAAUCACACAAGACUUGUACUCAAGUAAAUUUUCUAAAUUUUGAUAAAACAGAGUAUCGAUGUUCGUGAAUAUCUUCAUUUAUCUAUCGAUGUCACGGAAAUACGCCUAUGUUUAUGUAUACCCGUAGAAGUAAACUGUCUAUGUAUAAGUUUUAUAGGCUGGACAUUUUAAUUCAAAUAUUUUUUACCCGUGUAUGUUUAAAGAAUGUGUGACACUCAAAUAAAAUAAAUGAUAAUUAUUAUGUUAUUAUUAUUAGUAGUAGUAAACUGUUUAUAUAUACCUGUAGAAGUAAACUGUUUAUGUAUACCUGUAGAUGUAAACUGUUUAUGUAUACCUGUAGUAGUAAACUGUUUAUGUAUACCUGUAGAUGUAAACUGUUUAUGUUUAACUGUAGAAGUAAACUGUUUAUGUAUACCUGUAGAAGUAAACUGUUUAUGUUUACCUGUAAUAGUAAACUGUUUGUGUAUACCUGUAGUAGUAAACUGGUUAUGUAUACCUAUAGAGGUAAACUGUUUAUGUAUACCUGUAGAUGUAAACUGUUUAUGUAUACCUGAAGAUGUAAACUGUUUAUGUAUACCUGUAGAUGUAAACUGUUUAUGUAUACCUGUAGAGGUAAACUGUUUAUGUAUACCUGUAGUAGUAAACUGUUUAUGUAUAUCUGAAGAUGUAAACUGUUUAUGUAUAUCAGUCGAUGUAAACUGUUUAUGUAUACCUGUAGAGGUAAACUGUUUAUGUAUACCUGUAGUAGUAAACUGGUUAUGUAUACCUAUAGAGGUAAACUGUUUAUGUAUACCUGUAGAUGUAAACUGUUUAUGUAUACCUGUAGAGGUAAACUGUUUAUGUAUACCUGUAGAGGUGAACUGUUUAUGUAUACUUGUAGUAGUAAACUGUUUAUGUAUACCUGUAGAGGUAAACUGUUUAUGUAUACCUGUAGCAGUAAACUGUUUAUGUAUACCUGUAGAUGUAAACUGUUUAUGUAUACAUGUAGUAGUAAACUGUUUAUAUAUACCUGUAGAGGUAAACUGUUUAUGUAUACCUGUAGUAGUAAACUGUUUAUGUAUACCUGUAGCAGUAAACUGUUUAUGUAUACCUGUAGAGGUAAACUGUUUAUGUAUACCUGUAGAGGUAAACUGUUCAUGUAUACCUGUAGUAGUAAACUGUUUAUGUAUACCUGUAGAUGUAAACUGUUUAUGUAUACCUGUAGAUGUAAACUGUUUAUGUAUACCUGUAGAUGUAAACUGUUUAUGUAUACCUGUAGAUGUAAACUGUUUAUGUAUACCUGUAGAGGUAAACUGUUUAUGUAUACAUGUAGAUGUAAACUGUUUAUGUAUACCUGUAGAAGUAAACUGUUUAUGUAUAUCUAUCUAUCUAUCUAUCUAUCUAUCUAUCUAUCUAUCUAUCACUAUCUGUCUGUCUGUCUGUCUGUCUGUCUGUCUGUCUGUCUGUCUGUCUGUCUAUCUCUGUUUAUAAUAAUGUCUGUUUGCGGUUGAAAAUUGAAUUUUAUGUACAAAUUUAGUUCUGCUUCUUAACAGGACCUUUCAUUACCAAUAAAAUGGCAGAUUGUUUUCUUGUA